AUGCUUUUCCUUGCGGGCGCUGUUGCUCUCGGCGGCGUAGCACUGUAUGGGGCGCAGCCGCGGCUCUUUCCAGGAGAGAAGAGCGCCGACUUCAAGGUCGUUAAGCCUGCAGAGGCACCGGUGCUAAUGCAAUAUCUUCAGAAGUACGAGAAAGAGCUGGGUGCCGAUUUCCUGGCCUACAGGAAUCACUGCCUCCGAGUCCUCUCCUUCACUCUCUACUUCUUGGAGAAGGCUCCCUCAGAAGGCGCGAGGAAGAACUUGGAAGCUGCGCUGGCUUACCAUGAUAUUGCGCUGUGGACCGAUUUGGCAGCCAGCUACUUGGGCCCGAGUGCAGCGAGGGCACGGAAAGACUUGGCAGGCAGCUACUCCGACACCGACCUGAACCAGAUAGAGGAUUUGAUCAUGAAUCACCACAAGGUCACCACGGCUGCUGAUCCCCUUGUGGAUGCCAUGCGAAAAGCAGAUUUGCUGGACUUCAGCAACAGCGCCCGCUUCCCCGUGCGCUCGGGCAUGCCCUCCGGGAACAUCGCGGAGGCGAACUCUGCCUUGCCCCUGGAGGAGUCGCCAUCCGCCGCUGACAUCAAGAGCAUCCUUGAGGCUGGUGGCAUCAGCUAUGAGGACGAGAUGAUCAACAGGGUGAUCGAGCGCAUGGAGGGCAAGCAGGCUCACGAGCUGAUCUCUGAGGGCUUCGGAAAGUUUGCCGCCUGCGGUGGCGGCGGCGGUGGCGGCGGUGGCGGAGGUGCCGCCCCUGCGGCCGGCGGUGGCGGUGAUGCCGGCGGCGCUGCUAAAGAGGAGAAGAAGGUCGAGGAGGAGGAAGAGGAGGAGGAGAUGGAUUUCGACCUCUUCGGCUGA